AUGAGAGGCUUCCUGCAAAAGGCAAAGGCUGAGUGGAAGGAUUUCUCACAGCGAGACACUCCGUCUGUGCCAAACCAGCAACACCAGCAUGACGAUACACAAAGUCCACCCAAUCACUGCCCUCCUCCUGUCCAGCAAGGCUGUAACAACAAACCCACAGCUCUCGACAUCUUAAGAUACCGUUACCACCACGGAACCAAUCUGGGUUCUGUUUACGUGGUUGAAAGAUGGCUUCAGCCGUCUAGAUUUCCCGACGGAGCUGAAGGGUCGAGUGAGCUUGCGGCAGUCAAGGCGUGGGUCGAUCGUGAAGGCAUAGACUGCGCUAGACACAAGUUUGAACAGCACUGGUCCAGUAUUGUGACGGAUGAUGCAAUCGGCUGGUUAGUCAAGGAGGCGCAAUGCACCACAAUCCGCCUGCCGAUUGGAUACUAUGACCUGCCCGGUUCCGACUUCACUCGUGGUACGCCUUUCGAACCCUACGCUCAAGUAUAUUGUGGAGCUUGGAACAGUAUCCGUACCCUUAUCCACCGUCUCCACAAGCAUUCUAUUGGUGUUUUGCUCGAUCUGCAUGCACUCCCAGGCGGUGCGAAUGCACAGGAGCAUUCUGGCACAAACAGUGGCCGCGCAGAAUUUUGGCACUCAGAGUUCAAUCGUGCUUUGGGUACACGUUGUGCUCAAUUCAUUGCCCACGAAGCCAAAUGUGGGCUUGAUAUAGCCGGUAUCCAGCUAGUCAACGAAGCCGAAUGGGAAUCUCAUCGUAUGUAUGAGUGGUACGACGAGGCCGUCGCUGCCGUGUCCGCCAUUGAUCCAAGUAUUCCUAUAGUGAUUUCGGACGGAUGGAACCUUGAAAAGGCAGUCGAGUACUCGCUAAGAGCAAACUCCGUCGCUUCUGAGCAUCCAAAGGCCCCAAUCGUUAUCGACACGCACUUUUACUGGGCUUUCACAGACGCCGACAAACAGAAAUCUCCCCAGCAGAUCAUCCAAGAGGUUGGUACUAAGCUGAGUCAGCUUGAUGACAAAGAAGGUUCGGUCAUCGACCGUGGCGCCGUGCAGACUAUCGUCGGAGAAUACUCUUGCGUCUUGACCGAGGACUCUUGGGCCAAGAGCGGCGGUGUCCCGAAAGAAGAACUUGUGAAACGAUUUGGCGAAGCACAAAGCCGCCGAUACCAACAACGCGCGGGCGGGAGCUUCUUCUGGACCUGGAAGAUGGACUGGAUGCCUGGUGGAGAGUGGGGAUUCAAAGCCCAGACUGACGCGAAGAGCAUUGUGCCUCCUCAACAAGCAAUGUUGGCUGCGGACGAUAGAAUGAACCGCUUGCAAAAAGCGAGAUCAGAAGAGAACGAACGUGAGCAACAAGCGUUUCGACAACAUGUGGACUAUUGGAACCAAGUCGAUCCGAAUGGGACAUACGAACACGAAAAGUAUAGGUAUGGCUGGCAUGUAGGUUACUCGGAUGCUAUGGUCUUCUUCGAGGGUUGCGGUACGCAAGGCGAUCAAAUUGGUAUGCUGGAGUUGUGGGUGCUCAAACGACUGAGAGAGAGUGGGUAUAGAGGCGGCUUCACGUGGCUGUUCGAGCAGGGACUUCGGAAAGGCAUUAGCGACUUCUACAGCGCUGUCAACAUCUAA